AUGGCGACGUUACCGAGAUCAUUUCGUUGUGCGGUGACUUUACGUCCGCUUCUUUCGAGACGUAUUAUAACUCUUUCAACCUCGUUGAGACAAUCGAUUUCGCGUCAAUGUCGACAUGCGGCAGGGUAUUCGACGCAAGCCAAUUCACAGAAGCCGUUCUAUGUUACGACUCCAAUUUUUUAUGUGAAUGCCGCACCCCAUGUCGGCCAUCUAUAUUCCAUGGUCCUCGGCGACGUAAUCAAACGAUGGGAGCAACUAAAAGGUAACAAAGACGCCAUCUUCCUAACCGGCACCGACGAGCACGGAAUCAAAAUACAGCAAGCCGCCCAAGAGGCCGGUAUGGAUACACAGGCUUUCUGCGACAUGAACUGUAAAACAUUCAAGGAUCUGGCGAGAGCAGCAAAUAUCAGCAAUGAUCAUUUCAUACGCACUACGGAUGAAGCGCACAAGGACGCGGUACGAUAUUUUUGGGAAAUGUUACAACAUCGGGGUUAUAUAUAUACAAAGAAACAUGAGGGAUGGUAUUCUGUGAGCGAUGAGGCGUUUUAUCCUCAGUCGCAGGUGGAGCCUUCUUUAGAUCCGGCGACGGGGAGGAAACGGAUGGUUUCUACUGAGACCGGCAAGGAAGUUGAAUGGUCGUCAGAGACGAAUUAUCAUUUCCGGCUAUCCGCUUUUCGAGAUCGACUUCUUGAGUUUUAUGAGCUGAAUCCCAAGUUUAUUCUAUCAAAGAGUCAUAUGAUGAACGUCAAACAAGCGGUCGAAGAAGGACUGCAGGAUCUGUCAGUUUCAAGACCUGUUGAGCGUCUGACCUGGGGCGUCAGAGUUCCCGGAGAUGAUUCUCAAACGAUAUAUGUCUGGCUGGAUGCGCUUAUCAAUUACCUGACCAAAGCCGGUUACCCAUUUACUCCUGGAAAGGAGUCUGAUUUGGGCUGGCCGGCCGAUCUUCACAUCGUAGGCAAGGAUAUCAUUCGCUUCCACUGCAUAUACUGGCCUGCAUUCCUCAUGGCACUCGACCUGCCCCUUCCGCGACACGUCCUUGUUCACGGCCACUGGACAAUGAACAAAGCCAAAAUGUCCAAAUCUACCGGCAACGUUGUCAACCCCUUCUUCGCCAUUGAUCGGUUUUCGGUCGAUAUUAUGCGUUUCUUUCUUACUCUUCGCGGCCCGCUGGGUGACGACUCGAACUAUGAUAAUAGCAACAUCGUUAACGACUAUAAGAAGUAUCUGCAGUACGGUGUGGGCAAUGUAUACCAACGUCUAAUGGGUCUCACGAAAAUGCAGUUAAGGCCAAGUAUAGAGGCGGCACGUUCGGGCUUCACGACGGAGCCGAACGAGUAUGAUAUCGAAUUCGAGCAAUAUCUACAUACAUUCCCGAAAAUCGUCGAACGAAACAUGGAAGCAUUCCACUCCAAGGCCGCUCUUCGUGAGAUUGUAGAUGCGACCAUGAAGGCACAAAACUAUUUCCACCACUCCGCCCCCUGGCAACACAAAGACGAUCUCAGCCGGUGUUAUCGCGUCUUCUACAAUGUAAGCGAAUACCUCCGUAUCGCGGGUAUUCUGCUACAACCAUUUGUGCCGCAAAAGGCGUCGGAAGUUCUGGACCGGAUAGGUGUGAGACAGGACGCUGUUGCACGUGGGUUUGGGGCAGCACAGUACGGGGCGGAUUAUGAGUAUGGCCAUGCGCCCAAGGUUGAUAAGCGUGAGCUUCUUUUUCCGCCUCUUAUGGUUGAGGAUUGAUCCUGACUUCUCUUGUAUAAUACAUGCAAUUAUCACUGUAUACUACAAAUAUCA